GAUCAGACAUGGAAGCUGCUUAAGCUUCUCCCAGGCCCCACACACUUUCUCUUGCUCUACACGAACUCUUUCUCUCUUUCAUUUAAAUUCCUGAUUUCUCUCAUUCAUUCUACUCUUCACUCACGCUUUUCAUCCAAAACCUCCAUGGAUCUUAAAUGUCGCUCUGUCCCGUCGGGAUAUUUUCUUCUUCUCCUCUUUCUCGUUGUGGCUCCUCCGUUUACGGCGGCGCAGACCAGUCCUGACCCGCAGACCGACCCGUAUGCAAACAUGCGGUUCAGUCCGUCUAUGGCGAUAAUUAUUGUGGUCCUAAUUGCGGCGCUUUUCUUCAUGGGGUUUUUCUCCAUCUAUAUUCGUCAUUGCUCGAAUGACGCGAAUGGCUCGAGCGUGCGAACGGCGACUGGUGGCCAGCGGUCCCGACGCGCUGCAGCGCGUGGGCUCGACGUGUCCGUGAUCGAGACUUUCCCGACUUUCGUUUACUCUGAAGUUAAGGCGUUGAAGAUUGGGAAAGGCGCGCUGGAGUGUGCUGUGUGUUUGAGUGAGUUUGAAGACGAAGAAAAGCUGCGUUUAAUUCCCAAAUGCGAUCAUGUGUUUCAUCCUGAGUGUAUCGAUGCGUGGCUCAGUUCUCAUACCACGUGUCCGGUUUGUCGAGCGAAUUUGGUCCCGCAACCCGGGGAGCCAGUUCCUCAAGUUAGUGAGUUACAGUUACAAAACGAACCAGACCUCGAGGCACAAAAUGACGUCGUGGAUGGGGGACAGGAAGAUUCGAACGGAAGCGGAGAAACACCUCUCACACAAGCGCCGGAACCCGAAGUAAUAAGCGUGAACAGGAUGUUGAACAGGAACCGUACACGUGGCUCGAGAUCUAACAGGCCGCGUAAGUUUCCGCGGUCACAUUCGACUGGGCAUUCUCUAUCUCUUGUGCAACCGGGCGAAGACACCGAGCGGUUUACUUUGAGACUACCAGUUGAUGUGAGGAAACAGAUAAUGAACCGGGAACUGAAUCGCGCUUAUAGCUUGCUAAGUUUCCCACGGGAGAGUAGUUCGAGGAGAGGGUAUCGAACCGGAGCUGGUGAAGGUAGUAGUAGAGGGAGAAACAGCCGGUGGAUCGACCGGAUGGACCGGUCCUUUAAAUCAGACCGGUGGUUGUUUAGCAAGGCGGCACCCUUUUUCUCAAGAGCAUCUUCAGUGAAGUCAACAAAAGUAGCUGCGAAUGAUGACAAUGGAAGUACGGGUGGACCGGAGGCUUCAUCGGCUCAACCGAGUCGGCCACCGGUUUAAUGGUCUUUUUUUUUUUUUUCUUUUUUAUAGUUGUACGACCAAUUUUAUGUAGAUUAUUGUCGAUAUUUUUUUUCUUUUAAUAUUUUUUAAUUUGUAA